UCGAGGCACUGCACUCCAUCGGAAAGCUGUCAGGAAACUCCACGAUGUCUGUCUUCCACACAAGUCCAGUUUCAAAACGGUUUCCUAUCCUGCGUGUCGUCGCUUCCAUGAUCUUUCGUGCUCGCCUUUCGGCAUCGAACUCAAGGAUAUCCUGAUGGCGUACCCCACAGUCUUUGGCAUUGGAGUAUUUUUUAACUAGUUGCUCCAGCUUUUCUUCGGUUUCACAUUCAAACACGCGGUAGCUGAAUUCCACGUUGUUUUGCACCUCGUCCAGACUGCCGUAUACGCACUAUCUCAAAUGCGUUUUGGUCGCUAUGACGCCGUUUCGUCCUUGUUUGAUUUUCAGCGAUACCGCAAACUGCAAGUUUCGAAGGCCUACAAGAAGCUUAGAAGUAGCGUUCUCGUAGUUAUGGAUAGGAAGGCCUUUCAGAUGAGGGUGGUCCUUUUGAAGUUCAUCAAAAUGUAGCGUUUGUGUUGAUAGGUUCAAACUUUCUUCGGUGCGAACUUUCACUAGGUGGAGCCGAUUCUUUUGAUCAACUCCAGAGACAGAGCGGGACGUUUGGACCUUCAAUCCCAAGUUCUUCAACUAAGCUGCGCUCGACGAGUGUUGCAGAAGAGCCUUCGUCCAAAAAGGCAAACGUAUUGACGGAUCUUGUAGCCCCAUGUAUUUUUAUGGGAAUGGUGCGGAACAAAAUGGACUGCUCAUGAUGGUGGUGUGCAUGAUCCUCUGUCCUCUUGACUUCCGGCAUCUUCUUGGUGGUUUCUUCGCUCUUUUGGUGUAGUAGCUGAUGGUGACAGAGUUGGAAACCGUCUAUCCCACAUCGGCUUGAAAUGCGACACGUGCGUGUGGAUUAAGAUAAGUUCUGCAAACCUUCAACGCAUGCACAUUUUUCCAUCGAUCAUGCACCGUGAGGUUUUGGAACUUAGUGCAGUUCUUCAUCCGCGUGUGUAUGGACGAAACCCUUGUCUUUGCUUCGUGACUUAUCAGACUGUCCACCGGAAAAAAUUACCACCUUGCUAACCGACUCGACUAUUACUGACAUGAAAUCGCUGAAACUCUGCAAGCUUAUAUCAUGGCGAAAUGGCAAAUGCUGCGCCCACUGCAAUUUCACGAUGUCACAACAUUGUACAUAUUGGUGAAAUUGAAGGGAAAUUGUCAUAUCAUUCAAUCAUAAUAUAUGGAAAUAAUGAAAAAAUAUUCGAAGGCACACGGUGAAUGGAGCCCCCACGGUGAAGGGCACAUUGACGGUAAUUGGGACAGAGCAUACAUGCCAUAUGAGCACCGCUACAGUUAGGCUGACACAAAUUUCGACUUUCUCUUAUGUCGAACCUGACGUCUCCGGAUUGGCAAUCCAUAGCCUUAAUCACUAGGCUAACUGGAGACCUCUGAGAUUUGUUUGAGAUUUGACUGAGAUUUGUUUCGGCCAUAUUACCUGAGAGAUUUUUUUGACAAUCUUGCAAUCAUCUAUUAUGUGAUAGGUACGAUGCUACCUAAGAAAACCAAUGAUAUUAUUUCCAUUAGGGGGAUUAGGGGCAUAAUGGACACCCUAAGCAAAUGAGUACGUUAGGCCUGCAUAACAGAGUAAAACUUAACAUAUUAUCAGAUGGCUUGCAACUUUUACUUGUUUCCUACGUCUUUCAAUCAUUUACAGCAGGUAGAAUGUCUUUAUUGUGAAGAAAUAAUGAAUUGUAAACCGUGUAUUUUUCAGGGCUGGCAGGAAAGGUACGGGGCGAAAUGGACACCCAUCGGGGCAUAAUGGACACCCCUGCAUAUUUUAUGCUAAUUCUUUGGUUACAUCGACCAGUUAAGUAAUUUGCCUACGGAGAUCAAUACCACAGAUGUAAUACUCGAUCUACGACGAGUUUGCGUUUACAUAACAUCAAAGUUAAUUAAAUAAACUUUAGGCUUAAAUUAUCGGAAUGAUUUUUUCCAAACUCUCUAUAACGCCUAACGGUAAAUGCGGUGCAAUGCGAGUACAUCCAUUCGUAAUUGCCUGUGUUCAUUUCGCCCCGAACCGACUACAACAUAAAAAUUGAUAUUUUAAGUAAAUUCUGAUCAAAAAUAGAAUAUUUCAUCCAUUGCUAAACCUUCGUAUACAUGUAGAUAAGGUGACAAUACACUUGUUUUCAUGGUGGACACACUCACACACUCGUAAUACCUUAUUUGAUGCUGCUUCGAAAUUAUAAGAAUUGCACCAUAUGAAAAACAUGUUUCAAUUUCAAUGAUAUUUUGGUUAUUUUGGAGCAAUAUAAAUGGUACUUUUGAAAAUAGAACCAUGACUUGUUCCUUUACACUAAUGCAUUAAAAGUUUUACAUAAAAGUCAACGUUUUCAGCAAAAACAGGGGUGUCCAUUUCGCCCCGGGUGUCCAUUAUGCCCCUAAUCCCCCUACGAAAACAUCCUGGAAUGGAGUAUUUUACAUUUCUUUUCAGUUAUUUCUAUCUAUUUUAUUCUAAAAAUAUAUUGUGCUUCAUUGAUAGUUGGCACCAAUUAUAUAUUUUUUUGUUUUAUUGUUCGAUGCUAGACGAUAGCAGCUAAUACAUACUUUUUAAAACUUUUAAUAUAACAAUCAUUGAAAUCUGUUUGCGGAAACACUAUUUUGUAUUGGUUUGAAACUGCUUACUCACGGAACUUACUUAUAAGAGAAGUAUGUAUGUAUGAGCAAGACAGCUGCUGACUGCUAUCAAUUGUGAAGGCAGUACAUUGAUAACACUUCACCCGGGCGCCGUGUUCCACGAUACUAUGCAGGGUGGGGGAAUAAUCUGUUGAUAACUGGACGCGAAAGAAUUCAUUGCUAGCUAUUGCACCAAACUGAACUGAUGUGCUGUAAUUAAACAAAUUUUCAUUGUGGAAAAUCAGUUCGUUUGCUCAAUACGGCAAUACAACACAUCUCAAACGUACUCAGAUGCAGUGUCAAUUCAAGCGUUAAUGAGUGUACUUAGCCAAAACGGUGCUACCUGCAAUAUGAAGAGCAUAGUGGAAGUUUUCUGUGAUUACGAUAGAAGUGAAUAUUCGUUUGGAUCCUCUUUGAACAUAGAAGAUACAUUGUUUCAACAUAUCCUAGAUCAUGACGCAAAUGAUUCCUUAUCCCCCACCCACACAAGUGAAUCUAGAUUCACACCGGAACAGUCUGUGGACAGCAAUAAAAACUACACCUUAGAUAGUUGCCAAAGUAGUGCCAACAACCUAUGUACCAUAUGUAGUGAUAGAGCCACAGGCAAACAUUAUGGGGCAGCAUCUUGUGAUGGCUGUAAAGGUUUUUUUCGGCGCAGCGUACGGAAAAACCAUUCAUAUACAUGCAGAUUUUCCCGCAAUUGUGUGGUGGAUAAAGACAAACGCAAUCAAUGUAGAUAUUGUAGGCUAAGGAAGUGCUUCAAGGCUGGUAUGAAAAAAGAAGCUGUACAAAAUGAAAGGGAUCGGAUUAGUUGCAGGCGACCAAGUAUGGAGGAGAUUGAUACGUCAAAUGGGUUAUCGGUAAAGUUUUUACUUCUGGCAGAGAACCGCAGUCGUCAUUUUGGUGCAGCGCUGGAUGAUGCAUACGACGGUGAUGGUGAUUUAUCGAAUAAGAGAUUUGCCAGCAUAAACGAUGUUUGUGAUUCAAUGAAGCAGCAAUUGUUGAUAUUGGUUGAAUGGGCAAAAUCAAUUCCCGCAUUUGCCGAGUUGCAGCUUGACGAUCAAGUUGCCCUAUUGAGAGCCCAUGCCGGCGAACAUUUGCUGUUGGGAUUAUCGAGACGAUCGAUGCAUCUGGAAGAAAUGCUGCUACUUGGCAACAAUUGCAUCAUAACAAAGCAAAGCCCGGAUUCAAAGAUGGCGCCGAAUCUCGACAUAUCUAGAAUAGGGGCAAGAAUCAUCGAUGAACUCGUUAGUGCCAUAAAAGAUAUAAAACUUGAUGACUCGGAGCUGGCUUGCAUCAAAGCAUUAGUAUUUUUUGACCCAACUGUCAGGGGCCUUAAUCAACCACAAAAAAUCAAAGCUCUACGGCAUCAAGUCUUGAAUAAUUUGGAGGACUACGUGUCAGAUAAACAGUAUGAUUCUAGAGGCCGAUUUGGAGAGAUUUUACUCUUAUUACCAGUGCUACAGUCAAUUACAUGGCAGAUGAUACAGCAAAUCGAGUUAGCUAAAAUGUUUGGCGUAGCGCACAUCGAUAGUUUGCUCCAAGAAAUGUUACUAGGUGGCGAAACGAUCGAAAAUACAGCACCUCCUACACCCCCAUUGAAUAGCUUCCCGAAUAGCAGUAACAGUCCAUCGCAUAUGAUGUCCUGCGAUACCACGCCGCGGCCUACCAAUGCAAUGGAUAUAUCCAGAAGUAAUCCUACAACUACAUCGUCCAACUGUGAAGUAAUCGACUCUGAAAGCAUCGAUGAAGCAAGUAUGAUGGCGCCAACAAUUAUUGAAGACAUUAGUAAUUACAAUAUACCCCAAACAACGAGUAACUUUACACGAGAUGAAAAUGUUCAAAAUUAUAUGCAUACAUCAAACGAUGAUGUUUACAGCAAUCAGUACAUUUCACAAGCGUCUUCCGGAAUGCACCCUGUACAUGCAUCGGCCAAUCGGCACCAACAAACAAAUGUUUUAUUACCUGUUAAUCAAUUAAGCCGUGAAGAUUACCUAAAACUUGAACGGGAACUGAAACGUGAACCUGAAGCAAAUGGAUAUUGACCUGUUAAAUAUUUUGUGAUGUUCCUUAACAAAUUAAAGUAAAAAUACGAAGGAUGCACAUUUGUUGUUAUUAGGAUUAGGGUAACGGAAAUGUUGGAAUUUAGUGAAAAUCUCUUUUCAGAGGUGGCUUGCGCAAUAAAGUAGUUGUUAUUUUUUA